AUGGCAACACUGAUACUUUUGCCUGCCUCCGAGUUUGGUUUUGCGAAAGAUUACGCAGAAGCACCGAUUCAGGAUGCAUCUGCAACGAACAAUCGUGGAGAUUCGCCGCUUGAACAGCUGGAGGAAUCGGAGGGAGACCAAGUCUCGGUGCCGUCUUUGUGCCAAGAAGACGAGGUGGAGCUACAGCCAGCCAGGAACGAAGUUUAUGCUGCUGCGGUCGAUGAUGGUGACGAUGGCGAUAGCGAGCACUGCGUGAUCAGAGAUGAGGACCACCUCGACGUUGCCAUGAUGGAGCCGACUACGCAGUUGCUGGAAGAAGCAAGUUCACCAUUAGCCAUGGACGAGGAGGCUGACGUACCAAUCAGCAUCACGUACUCCACAGACCCUGGUAGCGACACUGACUUUGGCGGUUUGUUGAACCUUGGCAAUACGUGUUACAUGGCUUCGGCACUACAAAUGAUUGCCAGCCUAGAGUCAUUCGUGGACGAAUUGAAGACCAAAGUAGAAGAAAUACCGACAGAUUCUCAGUUGCAACGCUGUUUAGUGGACCUAUUCGACCAACUCGCGAGAGGCAAAUCAGUUCGGCCUGUCGUAUUGAAGGACACGGUCGAUACGCGCUCAAGCUUGUUUGUUGGAUAUGAUCAACAGGACGCGCACGAGUUUCUGACGACCCUUUUGGGCAUGCUUGAUGACGAAUACAAUAUCAAGACGAAGACGACUCGAAAAGUCAAUGAAAAUCUUGUAUCAUAUGUCAAUACACCAGAUGACGCCAUGGACGAAGAUAAUGAUGGCGAAAUGGAUGAAACAGAGCCAGUGGACAUGAAUCUCUCGCUAACCGUAAAUGUCCCAAAAGGAUCUGCCUUGGUUCCACAUUCCGUGGAUACAAUAGAUCCUCCUUCUCUGUUGUACAGCCGCCACGCCUUUUCCGAGUUGGAUGUGGAUGAGAUUCGCCAUUUGUUGCACGGGACUCCUACCAGUCGAGAGGGCAUGUUGUUGCCCGCAUAUACUGCUGCAACUGAACCACGUUGCAAGCUCGUAGGCGGUCGAAUGCAUACAACUGACAUCCCUUGGACAUCGUACGAGUCUCAUUCCUUUGUUGGUAAUCAAAUGAAGGACAACGAAUGUCUAAAUUCCCAUCAUUCACCGCUUCAUGCUUCUACCGCCGCAACGUCGACAGCUGACGAUGCCGAUCAUCUCACCGCGGACGACGACAAAGUGGUUUCUCCUGUGAAUGAUUUCUUUACAACUGUGGCUCGUGCGCGGCUUACCUGCGAUUCCUGCAUGUAUACGCGCACUCAUCUCGAAACCUUUUUACACUUGUCUCUCGAAAUCGGGAAUGACGUCACCGUUGAGGAUAGCUUGCGUCGAUUCUUUGCGCCCGAGCCACGCGAACUCAAGUGCGAAAAGUGUUUUUGCGAAAGGGCCACUCAGACUACCGAGAUCGUCAAGCUGCCACGAGCCUUGCUUUUGCAUUUUAAACGCUUUAUCGUGGACGUGAGUGAUGAUUGGGCUUCCGUUUCGUAUCGCAAGAAUCAGUCAGCCGUAGUCUUCGAAGACACCCUGUCGUUGGACAAAGACAUGGGUGUGCUUUCGGAAUUCUUAGCGACCGAUUAUUCAUUACCAACCACAAGCGGAACCUCUUGUAGUUUGGGGAACAGGUAUGGGAUUCGCAGCGUGGUAAACCACAUUGGGGCGUCGGCGAGUUGUGGGCAUUAUACGGCGGAUGCGUAUCGAAGGAAAGAUGAGACGCGGAAGUGGAUGCGCUUCAAUGACGCCUUUGUUUCAAGUAUAUCGGAGAAGCAGGCUUUGUUAGAUUCACAAAAGACGGCCUACAUGGUAUUGUACGAGUUGGAAUAG